GAGGAUUACCCGACAGUUGGGAAUUCCGCCUUCCAUUCCUUAUAUGGCGUCACACAUGGAUUGGCAGCUAGUCGCAGCUCCACCCACUCUUCCUUAAUUUGGUCGCACAAAGGAUCUGACAGCCCCCACAGUGACCGCCCACUUUACCACACAAGGCCGGUCUGCCCAUAUACGGCAAACAAUCGACUAAAUUGUAUAUUUCUCUCUUCCUUGUCCCAUUAAUAGGGUACGGUGACUCGCACUGGGGCGAAAGCAGUGCGAUCAUGGCGGAGCGCGUUCAGCAGCCCCCGGCCAAACGGCUAUGCUGCCGACCUGGCUACAAUUCUGCCUGCCGACAGGGUCAGCGGGCUGGAGGAUCUGGCUGUUCUGGUUCCGGCCAGACGGGUUCGUGCAAAACCCAGAGUCCGGAGUCGCUCCUGGACAUCGCGGCGAGGAAGGUGGCGGAGAAGUGGCCGUUCCAGAGGGUGGAAGAGCGCUUUGAGAGGAUUCCGGAACCCGUCCAGAGAAGGAUUGUGUACUGGUCUUUCCCUCGGAGUGAACGGGAGAUAUGCAUGUAUUCCUCUUUCAAUACCGGCGGAGAGGAGAGCGCAGCUGCCUGUGAGAAAGGCGACGAGAGUCGGCUGCCUUUCAGACGGGGUGUCGCUUUGGUCGAGAGUGGGUGCGUUGACAACGUACUGCAAGUCGGGUUCCACCUGAGCGGGACGGUGCGUGAGCCGGCCACGACGACGGAGCCCGAGGCGUCCUACAGCGUGUCGAUCAGCUUCGACCGCUGCAAGAUCACGGCGGUGACGUGCAGCUGCGGCGACCGCGACAUCUUCUACUGCGCCCACGUGGUGGCGCUGUCCCUGCUGCGCAUCCGCCGGCCGCUGCAGGCGCGGCUGCACCUGCCCAUCUCCGAGACGCUGCUGCAGAUGAGCCGCGACCAGCUGCAGAAGCUGGUGCAGUACCUCAUCACCGUGCACCACACCGAGGUGCUGCCCACCGCCCAGCGGCUCGCCGACGACAUCCUGUCGCAGAACUCGCAGAUCAACCAGGUCCACGGGGCCCCGGACCCCACGGCAGGGGCCAGCGUGGAGGAUGAGAACUGCUGGCACCUGGACGAGGAGCAAGUGCAGGAGCAGGUGAAGCUCUUCCUCUCGCAGGGCGGUUACCACGGCAACGGCAAGCAGCUCAACCUCCUCUUCGCCAAGGUGCGGGAGAUGCUGAAGAUGCGGGACUCUAACGGGGCUCGGAUGCUCACUCUGAUCACCGAGCAGUUCAUGGCCGACCCUCGCCUGGCGCUCUGGAGACAGCAGGGCACGGCCAUGACCGACAAGUACAGGCAGCUGUGGGACGAGCUGGGAGCUCUGUGGAUGUGCGUGGUGCUGAACCCACACUGUCGGGCGGAGCACAGGUGGGCGUGGCUCCGGCAGCUCAGGAAGUGGAACUCCGUUGACGUCUGCCCCUUGGAGGAUGGUAACCAUGGCAGCGAGCUGCCCAACCUCAGCCACUCCCUCCCUCAGGGUGCGCAUGGCAACCAAGACUCGAGCAGCAGACCCCACAGGACGGUGUUCACGCGGGCCAUCGAGGCGUGCGACCUGCACUGGCGGGACCCCCACCUGCAGCGCAUCAUCAACAGCGACCCGGACCCCGGCUGCUGUUACCGCGACAACGCGGCGGACUGCUCGCCCUCGGACACCCACGGCUGGCCCAUGUGGCAGGAACACGUCCCGACAGCGUGUGCGCGGGUGGAUGCCCUAAGGUCACAUGGUUACCCCCGGGAGGCGCUGCGGCUGGCCAUCGCCGUGGUGACCACCCUGCGCCGACAACAGCAGAGACAGCUGGAGCUCUUCCGCCGACACAAGAAAGAGUUGCUCCACAAAGGCGUGACCUCCAUCUCGAACUCGGAGGGCUGGGUGGGGCACCCCCUGGACCCCAUCGGCACCCUGUUCAGCACGCUGACGGAGACGGGGCGGGGGGGGGAGGACGGCCCCUCCUUCCUGGAGCCCCCGGAGGGCGGCGGCCAGGCCAAGCGCCCGGAGCCCCAGCCCCUGCCCCCGCGCCGGCCCCAGCCGGAGGGCGACCCCUGGCUGCCCCUGGCCGUGGAGAUGGCCCUGCUGGGCCUGGGGCAGCAGCGGAACAUGCCGGAAGGCCUCUACGCCCAGGAGAAGGUGGGCCGCAGCGAGGAGCAGCUCAUCGGCAGGCUGCAGGAGGUGGUGCUGGACCACGGCCUCCUCAAGAUCUUCCGCAAGCAGGCCAUGUUCCUCCUGGAAGGUGGUCCGUACAGUGGUCUGGGGGAAAUCGUUCACAGGGAGAGCGUCCCCAUGCACACCUUCGCCAAGUAUCUCUUCUCCUCUCUGCUACCUCACGACGCUGACCUUGCCUACAGGAUUGCACUGAGAGCCAUGAGGUUACCAGUUCUGGAGUCCGGGGCGACCGCCAGCGACCUGUCGCGACCCCACCACAUCGUCUCCGUCGUCCACAACCGCUACCCACGCUGGUUCACCCUCAGCCACAUCGAAUCCCAGCAGUGUGAGCUCGCCUCCACCAUGCUCACUGCUGCCAAAGGUGACAGCCGGAGGCUGGAGACGGUGUUGGAGUCCAUACAGAAGAACAUCCACUCCUCCUCUCACAUCUUUAAACUGGCCCAGGACGCCUUCAAGAUCGCCACGCUCAUCGACAGCCUACCGGAUAUCACCCUGCUCAAGGUCGCUCUAGAGCUGGGACUACAGGUGAUGCGGAUGACUCUGUCCACGCUAAACUGGCGCAGGCGUGAGAUGGUGCGAUGGUUAGUCACAUGUGCCACAGAAGUAGGCGUGUACGCUCUGGACAGCAUCAUGCAGAACUGGUUCACGCUCUUCACCCCGACGGAGGCGACGGGCAUCGUGGCGUCGGCGGUGAUGUCGAGCUCCACGGCGCUGCGCCUGCGUCUGGACGGGCGGCAGCAGGACAGCCUGGCGGGCAGCGCGCGGACGCUGGCCCUGCAGUGCGCCAUGAAGGACCCGCAGAACUGCGCCCUGUCGGCGCUCACGCUGUGCGAGAAGGACCGCAUGGCCUUCGAGACGGCCUACCAGAUCGUGCUGGACGCCGCCUCCACGGGCAUGAGCCACGGGCAGCUGUUCACCGUGGCCCGCUACAUGGAGCACCGCGGCUACCCGGGCCGCGCCUACAAGCUGGCCACGCUGGCUCUGCCCCACCUCAGCCUCAGCUACAACCAGGACACGCACCCGGCCAUCAACGACGUGCUGUGGGCCUGCGCGCUCAGCCUCAGCCUGGGCAAGAGCGAGCUGGCGGCCGUGGUGCCCCUGGUGGUGAAGAGCGUGAAGUGCGCCACCGUGCUGUCGGACAUCCUGCGGCGCUGCACGGCGGGCGUGGCCGGGGGCGCGGCCGGGGGCGGGGCCGGGGGCGUGGCCCUGCCGGGGAGGCGGAGCUCGGGCAAGGCGGCGGCCAUGUCGCUGGACAAGGCGCCGCUCAGGCAGCUGCUGGACGCCACGGUGGGGGCCUACGUCAACACCACGCACUCGCGGCUCACCCACAUCAGCCCGCGGCACUACGGCGAGUUCAUCGAGUUCCUGGGCAAGGCGCGCGAGACCUUCCUCAUGGCGCACGACGGCCACGCCCAGUUCACGCAGUUCAUCGACAACCUGAAGCAGAUCUACAAGGGCAAGAAGAAGCUGAUGAUGCUGGUGAGGGAGCGCUUCGGAUGACCGGGCCCCCCGCCCCCCCCCCCCCGCCCUCGCCCCCCACUCUCCGUCCACCUUCCAUUACUUGAGCCUUUCUUCUUCUGAAAAUGGACAAAAGGGGAAAGAAAGGGUGCGGGAAGAAGACAGAGAGCCACACCGGUAUUAUUAUCAUUAUUAUUGUCGUUAUUAUUAUUGCCUACGAUUGCCUGUACAUACUUGUUUUCGGUUGACGAUAGCGGAAACUGUCACGUGGUGAAAAGUGCGUUUUUUUAGAGACGAAGGCGGGCGGAGAGGAACAGUUUCGCUCUGUUGUCGUUUUAUACUGAGUAUAAUAUGUUGUCUAGUGGCGGGAGUGAAGCAUGCAGUGCAGCUGUGUUCAAACAAAGUCUCGGCUUUAACGAUCGCAUGAAACCUGAUACGCCCGUUACCCGCACUUCCUGAAAGCGCGAGAGAAAACGGUCCUGUUUUAACCCUUUGAAGAGAAGGUUUUUUUGGGGUUUUUUUUUUUUUUUUUGGAAUGUUUUUUUAAAAAUUCCAAGGCAGUGUUCUAGAACUCAGUUGCUUUCAAUUACCAGUAGUGAUUGUUACAUCAGCGUUAGAAUGUUCAGUUAAGAGCAUUCUAAUCACGUGUUUGUGACCUCACGCUUUAAAGGGUUAACCUUCGUCAAGAGCCGAGAAGUUUAAUGGGACAGUCGAGGUUCCCAGAAUCCCCUAGGGAUUGCCUGGAGGCGGGGCUAAGGAAGGGGCGGGGCUCAGAGGGCGGGGCUCACUGGAGCGGAAACUUCAGCGACUGUCAACAUACUUUCUCAGGGAUAUCUUUCUCGCAGGAAAAAAAGUGAAAAUGAAAACAAAAAAAGGAGAGCGUUUAUUGUAUUGUGUAUAUAAUACAGGAUAUGUCAAGGAAAAAAAAGUAUAAUGUUAACUAAUUUAUAAAGCAUAUUCUAUGUAAUGCAAAAACAAUACUUGAAGCUGCGGUAGCUUUGUACACAAAACACAUCAGAAGGACGACCCUGGACUUUUGGGGGGGGGGGGGGGGGGAUCUAUGCAGACCACUGUAAUGAAUAGGAAAUAAUAUUGGUGGUCAUAUUUUGAAACCAUAUGCAAAAUAUAUUUUCACUAUAAAGAAAGCAGCCACACGCAUGCAUGACAAAUAAAAACACACACGCAUAGAUACACACACACUCAAACUACCACACAUAUGUGGACAUACUCACACAUGCAUAGAUACACACACACUCAAACUACCACACAUAUGUGGACAUACUCACACAUGCAUAGAUACACACACACUCAAACUACCACACAUAUGUGGACAUACUCACACACAUGCAUAGAUACACACGUACUCACACUACCACACAUAUGAGGACAUACACUCACACAUUGUAACACACACCCAGGCACGCAGUAUUGGCCCCACUGGUUGGAGGGUGGGAUGCGAGUGCUGGCGCUGAGAAUUGUAAAUUGCCGGAACACUGUGUCCCACUCCUCUCUCCCAGUCCGGGAACACACUUCCAGAAAGUCUGCCGACCCGUCCAGGGAUUGGAUCUGAGGUUUAUGAGGCCAACAUCCUCCUUGCAAUGUGAAACCGCAGAGGACAGGUUUGGCCUGGCUUUGGGUUCACAGUUGUCCCACAGCACAGCAGUUAGUGGUGGCAAAGACAAUCUUUGCCAGCCCCAGUCUUAAGGAGUCCUUCUAAAAAUACAGCUCGGUGUAACUUAACACCCUGAUGAAUGCACAUCGUGCUCAUAAACUUGCUGCUUUGUCACAUUUGACGCAGCUGUGCCAUUGUGGUGUCACAAUGCUUUGCGAUUAUGAUGACAGAAUGCCGUGCCAUUACGAUGUCACAGUAAUGCUUCGGAAUGCUCAGUGUUGAGUUUGGGAGCCCGUUCUAAAAUUCUGCUCUCGGUCUUAAAGUCUGCUUUGUUGCUGGUCUCAUUUCAGCCGAACGGCCAGUUGUUUUUUUGUGAAUAUACCUUUUCUGUUCCUGUAAUUUUACAGCUCUUCCAAGAUCACUAGACGGGACUUCUGAAGACCAAACUCCCUUUCUUUUGAUGAAAGCCAACUUUUAUCUGAAUGGUUUCCAAAAAAUGUUCUGCUUUUAAAAAAGCAAUUUGUCAUGUUUUUGAUGUUAAAAAGAAAAAAAGAAAACAAAGAAAAAAAAAAGUUGUUGGUUGCCUUUUGUUCCCACAAUUUGAAAAUUUCCAAGAGGUUUAUUCUGGGUUUUGUUGUGUUGUUUAUUUUGAGCAAGUUAUGUUUAACAUUUUAUUUAUUAUUUUUAUCAGUAAGACUGUACAUCACCACCUGUGUAAACUUGGUCAUGGAACUGAAAUUAAGAUUUUAUACACAAAUUUAUUUAUGUAACAAAAUCACUGUUUUAUAUACUUGAUAAUGAUCCAAUGAUUGCAUUUUUUGUUCUUGUAUUAAUUAAAAACCUUUUUUUCCAGAGUUA